AUGGACCCACCACAAUCACAAUCACAACCACCGCCACCAUCAUCUUCCUCCGCUGACAACCACCACCAACUGUCAAAGAAGAAAGACCGGCACUCAAAGGUGAACGGCAGAGGCCGGAGAGUGAGAGUUCCAGCACUAUGUGCAGCUCGCAUAUUCCAACUCACACGUGAACUGGGUCACCGCACAGACGGCCAAACAAUCGACUGGCUGCUUCACCAUGUAGACCCAUCAUUAUUCCCGUCAUCUUUCGCCGGAGCUCCUCCGCAGACGGUGGCGCCGGAGACCAAACAUGUUGUGUCGGAACUAGACCUGUUUCCAAACAUGUCCUUCACUUCAUUGUUGAUGCAAGUUGAAGAUGAAGAUGAAGAGAAGAUCAAGAUUUAG